GGAUAUAUCUUGCAUCUACCAUACAGGCUAGAAUACAGGGGCACUCCAAAUGUUGGGUCGGCUGGUUGACUACGGAGAAAGGAAUGACGGAUCGUUUGAGCGCAGUAGCAUAAGCAUGGAGCUUCAAGAGAAAUGGGCUACAUUAGUUACGUCAUCUCCGAUUCUUCAACCCUCUACGUAACGGUAGAGAUGGCGACCAGGUUCUCUCAUGCUACCUAGCUGAAGCGACGCUUUUUAACCCGGUCCGACGGACACGAAGACCCUCCAGCUCCAGUUGGCUUCACAGGAGCUGGACGAACCGGACACCAUGGAGGAACCGUGGGACUUUGAGUUUUUGUCCCGCAUCGCCGACAGCUGCCUGUCGUUCCUCUCCGAGUUCGUGGACGACUGGCUCGCUAACGACAUGCGAGUGUCCAUAUUCAAGAUCCUACUCAGCUGGUUGAUCUUCAGUCUCAUAGCAAUUCACUUCGCGUGGAAAGUCUACGGCAAUACCGUGAACGACAUGUAUUACCGACAAGGGACCGGACAGAACGGAGGGACACCUGAUACAGCACCGCACACGAGUGGAUGGGAGAGCCAAGCAGGAGAUACUCUGAAGACUCAUCGGGAUUAACGGGACAAUGUGUUUUCAUCUUGGACUUUAUCCAAGUGAGAACUAGACAGUUAAUGUCCUGCAGAGACGCUGAUUGCACCCAGAAUUUCUGAAAAACAUCCAGAUUCAGUGCAUUGAAGAUGCGAUUGGAUGCAUUCUUUUGGUGUCUGCCUAAGAAACAUGUUACCAUGCAAGUGUCAUACUGAUAUGCACUAAACCGCCUAUAUAGUGCUUAAAGAUAUUUAUUUAAGUCUGUCAUCUUUGGUCAAUGAACAAGAUUUUAUUCUGCAUUAAAACAUUUAAAUUUUUCCAAGAGGCUCUAAGAACGUUUUGAUGGUGAGACCACAAGCAAUGAUGAUGACAGCGAGUGCUUUGCAUGUGUUUAAUUCAUGACGAGAAGGGUGUUUGCCUUGGACUUUUUUUUUUCAAUCACAGCUAUUUCAUAAAAAAUCCUUAAAAAUCAGCUCAUCUUAUAUCUGCCAUGAUUUCUGUGAAAUUUGAACUUGCCCUUUCUCAUAACUUGAGUAUUGCGGGCACUAAUAGGAAACAGGAUGCUUGUGUUAAGUGAUUACCCCCUUUGUUCCAUUAAAUUUUUCAACAUUGACUCAGCAAA